AUGGGGGGCGGCUGGACGGACCUCGGCGUGCGGGCGGAUCCCGAUAAUCCGCUCGCCCUGCGCGAGCACAUCGCCACCGCGGUGGCGCUCGGAUACGCCACCGUCGCCACCGACACGCGCGUCGACGCUGGGGACAAGGCGGCCGGACGAGAGAUCGCCCGCGGACUCGACCCCAUCGACCCAGCGACGUUGGCCUCGGCGCUCGCCGACGCGUCCGCGCGAACAGGCGCGCGUCCCGUCCUGAACCGCCUCACGCGGCUGACGAUCCGCUUCGGCGAGCCCGGGGAGCUCCAAACGCUGCUCAACGCCCACGACCGCGCGGUGCGAGCGUACGACAUCCUCGCGCUCGAGCCCACCACCGAACGCGCGCUCGCAUCCGCGUGCGCCAACCGCCGAUGCGACGUCAUCGCGCUCGCGCUGGGCGCACGGCCCAGCUUUCGAUUGCGCGCGGGCGCGGUGAAAGCCGCGGCGUCGAACGGCAUCGCCUUCGAGGUGGCGUAUAACUCGGCGCUCAUGGAGACGACGGCGAGGCGCAACUUUUUCGCCAACGCUGCAUCAUUGACUCGAGCGUGCGGGGGCGGGGGCGACGCGGGCGCGCCACACGGCGUCGGGGGCGUGGUCAUCCUGACCGGGGGGUCGAGAAGAGCCAACGAGCUGAGGGCGCCGCUCGACGUCGUCAACCUGGCGACGAUGUUCGGGAUGAAGGACGGGGACGCGAGGCGAGCGAUGGCGGCGCGGUGCGACGCGUUGGUGGCCCGCGCCGCUCGAAGGCGCGCCGCGGAAGCCGACGCCGCCGACCGCUGA